GGUUAAGGAGAGAUGCAGCAUGAGCAGUGAGCAGCAGUAUGGCUUCAUGCUGAGAAAGAGCACUACAGAUGUGAUGUUUGCUUUGAGAGUGCUGAUGCAGACGUUUAGAGAAGGUCAGAAGGAGUUACCGUGUCUUUGUGGAUCUGGAGAAGCCGUAUGAUAGGCUGCCAAGGGAGGAGCCAGAGGACCUCUAAAGGGAGCUCUAAAGGAGAAGUUCUUUGCAACAUUUUAAAUACCAGCAAUCGUUUUUUUGGCAGAUGAUCACUUUUUGGCAUGAGAUAGCUAGGCAUAGAGAGCACACUCAGAAAUAAUACCAGCCGUCAUGGCUGCUAAUCAAUAACUUCAAGAUUAUGACGGACACAGGUGUGGCAUAACUGGCUGUGGAAAAGAUGUUCAGAUGAAAGGUCACUUCCUGUUCCACCGGAAGUGAUUAUGUUAACGGGGCUGCUGUUUCCACCAUACACGUGAGAAACAAUCCAAAACAGACAGCUGGUGCAAGAUGGACAUUACAGAGGUCUCAACGAGCCAGGACGGCAAAGGUAAGAAGAGUAAGAAUAAGAAAGCGAAGAAGAAGAGCGUGAGUCAGGAGGGAGAUGGAGAAGGCAGCGGAGUGGAGGAGAAGAAGAUGGUGAAGAGCGAGGGGGCCGUCGCUUUCCCUCCCACCUUCAGUGUGUCGGAAAUCAAGAACAAACAGCGAAGACACUUCAUGUUCAUGAAACUGAAGCAGGAGAAAAGAAAGCAAAAGAUGCAGCUGAGGAAAAAGAGGAGAAAAGAACGGGAAGCUUUAGGUGACAAGGCACCCCCAAAGGAGGUCCCCAAAACAAUAGAAAACCAGAGAGUUUAUGACGAAACAACAGUCGAUCCAGAGGAUGAAGAGAUUGCUUUUGACGAAGGAACCGAUGAAUUCUCCGCCUACUUCAACGGCCUGACAAAUCCUAAAGUGCUCAUCACAACCUCAGACAGACCCAGAGGGAGGACGGUGAGGUUUUGCGAGCAGCUGGCCACAGUAAUCCCAAAUGCCCACGUGUACUACAGAAGAGGUUUGGCCCUGAAGAGGAUCAUACCCCAGUGCAUCGCCAGGGACUUCACCUAUCUAAUGGUCAUCAACCAGGAUCGCCAACUGCCCAAUGGCUUGGUUCUCUGUCAUUUACCCAACGGGCCGACGGCACACUUCAAAGUCAGCAGCGUUCGACUACGCAAGGAGAUGAAGAGACGAGGCAAAGAUCCAACCGAACACUACCCAGAGGUGAUACUCAAUAAUUUCACCACUCGUUUGGGACACACCAUCGGCCGCCUGUUCGCCGCUCUUUUCCCACAGGAACCUCACUUCAUUGGCAGACAGGUCGCCACCUUCCACAACCAGAGAGACUUCAUCUUUUUCAGAUUUCACAGGUACAUCUUCAAGAAUGAGAAGAAAGUUGGUAUUCAGGAGCUGGGACCGCGCUUCACCCUCAAACUCCGCUCUCUACAAAAAGGCACGUUCGACUCAAAGUAUGGAGAGUACGAGUGGGUGAUGAAGCGCCACGAGAUGGAAGCCUGCAGACGGAAGUUCCAGCUUUGAGAAAAUAAAGCCUUCCUCGUGGUCAGAUGGGAAUGCUCGUCUGUUAUCCAAAAUACUUCUGCUGUUUGUGGACUUACACAAAUUGACUUUACAAUGCCCUGGCAACUCUUAAACAACUGUUAAAAAUUUCCUUUAAAACUAUUAUUUCCCAUUGUUUUCCCCCCCUUUGUUUUAACAUGACUUACUUGUGGACAUUUAAGGGCUGAAUUUGAUCAUUGGACAUAUUUUCUGUUGGACUGGAAAGAUGCCUGAGAAGACAUGCAGCAUCCUGAUCCUCUCUAAAUGCUUCUUUUGUGUUGUAAAAAGUUGUUGUAUAGUUGUGAGCUGCUCUGCCCACAUAUAUGCAAACAUACACCUGGUCCAUCCUGGUUUGUGCAACAGAUAAAAGGAGCUGUGACUGAA